AUGGAAGAGGCCUCCCCGUUUUCUUUACUGGAGCACGCAACAUCAUUCGUAAGAGACCUGUGGUUCAACACAUUGCCAAUUCAAUCAUGGCUGGAUACAUUUUUAGCACACAGGCACAUAGGUGAUGCUAUUACUAUUGCGCAUAGAGAUAUUAGGACGGAAUUACUUCAAUUCGCAACAAAGUACCGCAAGAAAUUCGGCUUCGGGUUUGUAACUAGCACAAACCUAUUUCUUUCGCAACAAAUACUAAAAGAGGUGCAGGCACGCUAUGAGAAUAGUCUGAAUGUUGAACUUGAAAUUGCGUCUCAGGAGGAAUUCACUCUUAUAGAAAGAGGUCUUACAAAACUUUGGGAAUGUUUAGCUCGGAAAAAGAUUCAAGAAAUUCCGGAAGAGACAGGCGAGAUAGUUCAAGAUUCAGUGCUCGAAGAAGACGUUGUGCCAGAUAGUUCUGAUGAGGUUGUCUCUAAAGGACACAAACCUUCCAUCCUAACCUUUGACCUCAAUAAAACUCCAGAGGAGAAUGAUAUCUGUUGA